UGUUAGUCCGAAUGGCAAAGGACACCUGGAGUUCGCUGACGAGCAAGCUCCAAUAGCACCAUGUCGACAUACCGGACGCAAACGCCUUGUUUUUAAAAUAACUAGAAAAUAUUAUACGACUAAAUGAUCGUCGACAACGAAUUAAUUAUAAUUAUGAAACAAGAGAGGAUGUUAAGAGAAUUAAUCCCACUUAUCCAUGUGCGCCUUUUUGUUAUGGUAAUCCUUUUCAAGCUAUUUUUAGAGAUAAUACAUAUUAUUAUUUUUACGUUUAUCUGUUUUGUCAAACUGAAGAGAGAAAUCUUCUUUUCAUUGCAGAUGCUGAGGAAACAGAAUUGGUGUUUUAUGUUCCUUUUACUCAGUUGGAACAUAGAAGCUUUCAGAGGACAACAAAAAGAAAGAGAAAUAAGUCAAAAAAGCUGCGAGGAGGGAAGCCACGUCCUGAACGAGUGCGAAGAACGCUGUGAAUGUCGGGAUGGCCAGCUUAUUAAUUGCUACCGCGUGCGAAAAGAGUUUACUAACAUGGAAAUCAACCACAGACGACGUUAUAUCAACGCGUACAAGACGGCUUCAAUGAAUCCUGCUUUCAAGAAAGAGUAUGAAAGAUUGGUCACUUUGCAUGUUAAUACACCUGACGACCUCCUUCAUCACUCACCUCGCAUAUUUUUCCCGUGGCACCGAUGGUUCUUGGUUGAGUUCGAGAAUCUCCUGCGCAGAAUCGACUGUCGUGUGACUUUGCCUUAUUGGGACUGGAGCCGAGUUGCUCACUACUGGUGGAAUGCAUCUGAUAGCAACGCGAUUUGGAGCUCUGGCGACCACGGGUUAGGNGGCAAUGGAAACCCAUCAGAUGAUGACUGUGUUGAGGACGGGCCGUUUAGCAAGGAGAAAUGGCGUCUGGUGAAACAAACAGGAGGUGGAUGUCUGAGGAGGAAUUUUCACCUCGUUAAACUCGAUGGAGAUACGGAAGAUCUAAAGAGGACUUUAGCGCUGCCCUUGGAAAGAUUUUUCGACUUUGAAGAAAUCGUUCGCGAUGGUUAUCAUAGUCUGCUGCACAACUGGAUCGGUGGAACGAUGUCUAAUCCGUUCACAGCGUCAAAUGCCCCGGAAAUGGUCUUUCAUCAUACUUUCCUGGACAAGAUUUGGCUCCAAUGGCAGAAUAAAGGCGAGCAUUACAAAAAUGCCUACUUUCCAACCACUCACGAGAAGCUGCCUCCAUCAAAAUACUUCGGCUGAGAAUGGCUGGAUUCAAGUAACCUUCCUGGUGGAGUGAAAGUUACAUACGAAGAUGAUUAAAUGCAAAUGUCGAACUAAGACUAAUUGCUAUGAGAUCACAAUGGUGUUAGAAAAUGUUUAGUGUUCCUGAAAUGAAUUGAUCAGUUCAAAAUUGACUGUUAUUUCAGCUCUUGUACUGUUGAAAAGUCCACCGCGUAAUUUUAUCCAAAAGUGGCAACACUGAAGCGUGUACGUCCAAAGAAGUCAAGUGUGGCGGGAAAAUUAGUCAACCUCGACAGCUAGCUUUCGCGCUCAGUUUUUCUGGUCAAG